GUCUCAGGAGCAAUUCUGGAGCUGUCUUGAAGUGCCCGUCAUCUGGGACUUUCGGAGGCGGCCGCUCGCCCUUCGCGCCGCAGGGACCGCGCGGGCAGCAGAGGCGCCGGGACAGCGCUCAGUCCGCGCCCACCAUGAGCGAGGACGGCCGCGCCGAGGGCGCCCGGGACGCGGAGAAGCAGCUCCGCCUGCGCGUGUGCGUGCUCAGCGAGCUGCAGAAGACCGAGCGCGACUACGUGGGCACGCUGGAGUUCCUGGUGUCGGCAUUCUUGCACCGAAUGAACCAGUGUGCAGCAGCAAAAGUUGACAAGAAUGUAACAGAGGAAACAGUGAAGAUGUUGUUUUCCAACAUAGAAGAUAUCCUUGUGGUACAUAAAGAAUUCUUAAAAGUUGUGGAAGAAUGCUUACAUCCUGAACCUAAUGCUCAGCAAGAAGUGGGAACCUGCUUUCUUCACUUUAAAGACAAAUUUCGUAUCUAUGAUGAAUAUUGUAGCAACCAUGAAAAAGCACAAAAAUUGCUUCUUGAACUUAAUAAGAUCAGAACAAUCCGGACCUUUCUUUUGAACUGCAUGUUGCUUGGAGGACGAAACAAUACAGAUGUCCCCCUGGAAGGCUACUUGGUCACCCCCAUACAGAGGAUAUGCAAGUACCCUCUCCUUUUGAAGGAGUUGCUGAAGAGGACUCCACGGAAGCACAGCGACUAUGCAGCAGUGACUGAAGCCCUCCAAGCGAUGAAGGGCGUCUGUUCCAGCAUAAACGAGGCCAAGAGGCAAAUGGAGAAGCUGGAGGUUCUGGAGGAAUGGCAGUCUCAUAUUGAAGGCUGGGAGGGCUCCAACAUUACUGACACCUGCACUGAAAUGCUGAUGUGUGGAGUUCUGCUGAAAAUUUCUUCUGGAAAUAUUCAAGAACGGGUGUUUUUUCUUUUUGAUAAUCUUUUGGUGUACUGCAAAAGAAAACACAGACGGUUGAAGAAUAGCAAGAACUCUGCAGAUGGACACCGGUACCUUUUUCGUGGCCGGAUCAAUACAGAAGUGAUGGAAGUGGAGAAUGUGGAUGACGGCACAGCGGAUUUCCAUAGUAGUGGACAUAUUGUUGUUAAUGGGUGGAAGAUACACAACACAGCGAAAAACAAAUGGUUUGUGUGCAUGGCAAAAACACCUGAAGAGAAGCAUGAAUGGUUUGAAGCAAUUUUGAAAGAAAGAGAACGACGAAAAGGUUUAAAAUUAGGAAUGGAGCAAGACACUUGGGUAAUGAUCUCUGAACAGGGUGAGAAACUUUAUAAAAUGAUGUGCAAGCAAGGAAAUCUAAUCAAAGACAGAAAAAGAAAACUGACAACGUUCCCGAAGUGCUUUCUUGGAAGUGAAUUUGUGUCGUGGCUUUUGGAAAUUGGAGAAAUUCAGAGGCCUGAGGAAGGUGUUCACUUGGGACAAGCAUUAUUAGAAAAUGGAAUUAUCCACCAUGUUACUGAUAAACAUCAAUUUAAACCAGAGCAGAUGUUAUAUAGAUUCCGCUACGAUGAUGGUACUUUUUAUCCAAGAAGUGAGAUGCAGGAUGUGAUUUCAAAGGGUGUAAGAUUAUAUUGUCGUCUUCAUAGUCUGUUUACUCCAGUAGUGAGAGAUAAAGAUUACCAUUUAAGGACCUACAAAUCUGUGGUCAUGGCCAACAAAUUGAUUGACUGGUUAAUUGCACAGGGGGAUUGCCGCACCAGAGAAGAGGCGAUGAUAUUUGGCAUGGGGCUCUGUGACAGUGGAUUCAUGCAUCAUGUCCUUGAAAAAAGUGAAUUCAAAGAUGAACCCUUGCUUUUUCGGUUUUUUGCGGAUGAGGAAAUGGAAGGGUCAAAUAUGAAGCAUCGGCUCAUGAAACAUGAUCUAAAAGUUGUGGAAAACGUCAUAGCUAAAUCUCUCCUGAUUAAAUCUAAUGAAGGCAGCUAUGGCUUUGGGCUAGAAGACAAAAAUAAAGUUCCAAUAAUAAAGUUGGUAGAAAGGGGGUCCAAUGCUGAGAUGGCUGGCAUGGAAGUUGGGAAAAAGAUUUUUGCCAUUAAUGGUGACCUAGUUUUUAUGAGACCUUUCAAUGAAGUGGAUUGCUUCCUGAAAUCGUGCUUAAACAGCAGAAAGCCUCUAAGAGUUCUUGUGAGCACGAAGCCAAGGGAGACAGUGAAAAUCCCAGAUUCAGCUGAUGGACUUGGAUUUCAAAUCCGAGGCUUUGGCCCUUCUGUUGUGCAUGCAGUAGGAAGAGGCACUGUAGCUGCAGCUGCUGGUCUUCACCCUGGACAGUGUAUUAUCAAAGUAAAUGGCAUCAAUGUCAGCAAAGAGUCACACGACAGCGUCAUCGCGCACUUGACAGCCUGCAGAAAAUACAGGCGUCCUAUGAAGCAAGAUUCCAUACAAUGGGUUUAUCAUAGCAUUGAGAGUGCUCAGGAGGACCUCCAGAAAUCGAACUCCAAAGCCCCGGGAGAGGAAGCUGGGGAUGCUUUUGACUGCAAAGUCGAAGAGGUAAUUGACAAGUUCAACACCAUGGCCAUCAUUGAUGGGAAGAAGGAGCACGUGAGUCUGACGGUGGACAACGUCCACCUGGAAUAUGGGGUGGUAUACGAGUACGACAGCACGGCCGGGGUCAAGUGCAACGUGGUGGAGAAGAUGAUUGAGCCCAAAGGGUUCUUCAGCUUAACUGCCAAGAUCCUUGAAGCGCUGGCUAAAAGUGAUGAUCAUUUUGUACAAAACUGCACCAGUUUCAAUUCUCUAAAUGAAGUGAUCCCUGCGGACCUUCAGAGUAAAUUCAGUGCAAUCUGUAGUGAAAGAAUUGAGCACAUACGUCAAAGAAUACUCAGUUAUAAAAAGUUUUCUCGUUUCCUGAAGAAUAGAGCCUGGCCCACCUUUAAACAGGCCAAAUCUAAAAUCUCUCCUCUGCACAGCAGUGAUUUCUGCCCUACCAACUGCCACAUCAACGUGAUGGAAGUUUCUUAUCCUAAAACAUCAACCUCCCUAGGGAGUGCCUUUGGUGUGCAGUUGGAUAGUCGGAAACAUAAUCCUCAUGAUAAAGAGGGCAAAUCUUCUGAGCAAGGGAAGCUGAGCCCCAUGGUGUACAUCCAGCAUACAAUUACCACCAUGGCAGCCCCCUCAGGGCUGUCUCUGGGACAGCAGGAUGGCCAUGGUCUCCGGUAUUUGUUAAAAGAAGAAGACUUAGAGACUCAGGAUAUCUAUCAGAAACUGCUGGGCAAGCUUCAGACUGCACUGAAAGAAGUGGAGAUCUGUGUUUGUCAAAUAGAUGACCUUUUGUCUUCCAUAACAAAAUCUCCUAAGUUGGAGCAUAAAACAUCAGAGUGUGUGACGCCAAUAGACAGCGACAAUGAAAAGGGGGAACGCAACAGCAAACGAGUAUGUUUUAAUGUGGCAGGAGAUGAGCAGGAAGAUUCAGGUCAUGAUACCAUCAGCAACAGAGACUCUUACAGCGAUUGCAACAGCAACAGGAACUCCAUCGCCUCCUUCACGAGUGUCUGCAGCAGCCAGUGCAGCUCAUACUUCCACAGUGACGAGAUGGACUCAGGCGAUGAACUUCCCCUGAGCGUUCGCAUCUCCCAUGAGAAACAGGACAAGAUUCAUAGUUGCCUUGAGCACCUUUUCAGCCAGGUGGACUCAAUUACUAACCUCCUGAAAGGCCAAGCUGUUGCAAGAGCCUUUGAGCAAACCAAGUGUCUCACACCAGGUCGAGGAUUACAAGAAUUUCAACAAGAAUUGGAGCCAAAGCUGAGUUGUCCAAAAAGGUUAAGGCUUCACAUCAAGCAGGAUCCUUGGAAUCUUCCUAGCAGUGUCCGAGCUCUUUCUCAGAACAUCAGAAAAUUUGUUGAAGAGGUCAAGUGUAGAACACUUCUGGCUCUUCUUGAAUAUUCAGACAGUGAAACGCAGCUCCGGAGAGACAUGGUUUUCUGCCAAAGCCUCGUGGCCACCGUCUGUGCCUUCUCUGAGCAGCUCAUGGCUGCCUUGAACCAGAUGUUUGACAACAGCAAGGAAAAUGAGAUGGAAACUUGGGAGGCUAGCAGAAGAUGGCUCGACCAGAUAGCGAAUGCCGGUGUCCUUUUUCACUUUCAGUCACUUCUGUCACCAAACUUGACUGAUGAACAAGCCAUGUUAGAAGAUACACUCAUUGCACUAUUUGAUUUGGAAAAGGUCUCCUUUUUCUUUAAACCAUCAGAAAAGGAACCACUUGUUGCAAAUGUGCCUCUCACAUAUCAAGCAGAAGGGACCCGACAAGCUCUGAAAAUUUACUUCUACAUUGACAGCUAUCAUUUUGAACAACUGCCUCAGCGGUUGAAAAAUGGUGGAGGGUUUAAAAUUCAUCCUGUUCUUUUUGCACAAGCUUUGGAGAGCAUGGAAGGAUAUUACUACAGAGACAAUGUUUCAGUGGAAGAAUUUCAAGCCCAGAUAAAUGCAGCCUCGUUGGAAAAGGUCAGACAGUACAACCAGAAGCUCAGGGCCUUCUACCUGGACAAAUCAAACUCCUCACCAAACUCCACAUCCAAGGCUGCCUAUGUAGAUAAGCUAAUGAGGCCGCUCAAUGCUUUGGAUGAACUUUAUCGCCUGGUGGCCUCAUUCAUCAGAUCCAAACGCACGGCUGCCUGCGCCAACACAGCUUGCAGCGCCUCUGGGGUCGGCCUGCUGUCGGUUUCCUCUGAGCUGUGCGACAGGCUGGGCGCCUGCCACAUCAUCAUGUGCAGCAGCGGCGUGCACCGGUGCACCCUCAGUGUGACACUGGAGCAGGCCAUCAUUCUAGCCAGAAGCCAUGGGCUGCCUCCUCGAUAUAUCAUGCAGGCUACGGACGUCAUGAGGAAGCAGGGAGCAAGAGUUCAGAACACAGCCAAGAAUUUGGGAGUCAGAGACCGGACCCCUCAGUCAGCUCCAAGGCUGUACAAGCUCUGCGAACCACCUCCCCCAGCUGGAGAAGAAUGACGUGAGCUGCCAAAGAACCAGGCAAGCAGAAGCCUCUUAACACUGGCCUGGACAAAGUACAUGCUGGUUCAACAUUUCCUGCUGAAGCUAAAGUAAUGCGUUUUCAUUCCUCUCAUGUUGUAAAUAACUAAUGUUCACUUUGUAUUUGGACAUGUAUGCUGGAAAUGUUCAUUCAAAUACUUCACCCCCCACUGAUCUCUCUCUGUACAGGCAUUAAAUAUUAAUUUAUAUAACAAAAUUCAUCUCUGGAAUUUAUAGAAAAGAUAUCAGAGAUAAAAAAAAUAACUACCAUGCAUCCUCUUCCAUCCAGCAAUUUUAUUGUGUUUGGCACAUUGAAAUAAUGGAUACUUUUGCUUGAAGAAGUAGUCACUGUGGAAAGAUGGCCACACUACAAAUCAUAGUGCAGAUGUGUUAAGGACAAUACACAUGCGGAUACAGGUAUUUUGUGCCCCACGUGCAUUAGAGGAAAGCAGAUGUGUGGAGGUGGAGAAGCAGGCUUUGCUUUUUCUGCUUCAUAGGAGUGAAGAAGAGAUAUUGAAACCUC